AUGGAACAUCGAUUAUUUAUCCACUGUGAAUCAUACCUCAUUAUCAUAUGCCGCCGGUGCAAGCACGCUGUGUGGCCAACAGAGAUUGAACGGCAUCUGAAAGGCAAGGCCCAUCAGCUAAAGCAUGCGGUGGUUCAGCAGAUAAAGGAGAACAUUGAACAGUGGGACAAUGUGGCUCGAGAUACUACACAGUUAACACUGCCCACAAUACUGAAUGAACCAAUCCCGGAACUACCCAUUCAAGAUGGCUACAGGUGCCAGCGGGAUCCCCAGUGCCAGUAUGUGGCAGGGAACAUGAACACCAUGCGCAAGCACUGGCAGAACAAGCACAGCUGGUCGCCAUAUCCCAGCCGUGGCCGUACAGCGCCACAAAAGCGUACGGCAGCACAGGAUGAGGUGGACAGAUCAUGCCAGAAGGUGCAGUUCCAGCAGAUAUUUGCAUCGCGCAAGGGCUCCCACUACAUACAGAUCCAGACUAAGGAGACUACUGAGCAUACCGGCACGCCAGACCAGAACAGAGCCAGCCAGGCCAUUGAUGAGCUGGAGCGAUUUUACCAGGAACAGCAACGGCAGACCAGCAAUGUCAUCCAGGCCGGGGAGCACGAUGAAGCCAACCCAUGGCUGCGGCGGACCAGAUGGCCGGUGUACUUGACCAACAUCGCACCCAAUGAUCUGGUCAACUGCGUCCAGCGGCCCGACGAUGACACCACGUGCCCAGAUGAACUGGCCGCGAGGGCCAUCUGGGAGGCCAUGGGUCAGGUUGCCCGUACCAGCCAGCGAGUCAUCACACGGCUGGGCCACUUCGUCCGCAUCGAGGCCAUCCGCACAGAGCGACACCAGACCCGGCACACCCCGUUGCAGGCGUACAUGGACGAGGAGAGCAUCGCCGAGCACGUGAGGCCAUGGCAGCAGAUGUUGAUGUUUUUCGCCCGAACGCAGGUCGAGCAUGAAUGGACGAGCCCACAGUACCGGUUCACACCACGGCAGCGCAAGACAUGGAGGGUAUUAUGGCAGGUAGCCACCACAGAGGGAGCCGACCAGCGACACCCCAUCAGCCCAGACCCCAUGGAUGAGCAGAUGACUGAGGAAGAAGAAGAGGAGGAGGAGAAGGGACAGAGAGAUACCCAGUCAGAAGAAGAAGAUAAGUUCAAAUCAACCAAGAUCCAGAUGGCAUGUUUGGAUUUUUGCAUUGAGCUGCUGAACCAGCGGGUUCAGGUGGAGGAUUAUGAGUGCGCGCUGGUAGACGCGUUGGCGGUGCUGGGACGGGGGGAGUAUGGAUGGUGCGACGCGGAGAGCUACCCACCAAUGUUGUCACGGAUCAUCAAGGUGGCACGGUUCAUGGUGGUGCACAAGGCGCUGCGACUGGACGCCAAUGCAUCCGACAUGCUGGCCAGGAACCAAGCAAGCCAGAUGGUGGGAGAGUGGGCCGUGGUGAGCCCCAUGGAGGAGGCGGAUUACACGUUCACAGGCAACCAGAAUGAAGGGUAUGAAAGUGACAGCGGCAGGACCAGUGCCAGUUCCAACCCCCCAUCAUCACCGCCCACAUCGUCCCCACGCAGCGAUGAUCCCCCGGCCACGAUAUCCAUCGGCGGGUCAACUUCAAACAACAGAAAGCAGCGAUCGUUUCAGGAAUGGCUUGAGCUGUUCAUGGAGGCAUUCAUGGUCCGCGGCACACACAGUCCCAUGCAGUGGAUGCUGGACCUGCGCACGUAUGGAUUGAAGGUGCACUACAGCAACACCACACCCGGCCACGUCGGCUGGAUGGGAGGGGAUGAGCUGCUGUACAAGGACAUGCACUUCACCAUGGGCGACUUCCGGGGCUUCACACACGGGCUGGUGGGAGCGACGAGGCGGAUCCUGCGGGAGGAGUUGUUGUUUGAGAAUGAGCUGAAUGGACAGCAGCCACCAGCCAUCCCAUGGUCCACGAUGCGGGAUGACCCCACCCAGGGAGGGACGGGGUGGAAUUUUUUAAAGGACAGCCGCACGCGGUGGCCGGUGGAUGGGGCACAGUGGUUGAUGCAGCAGAUGCGCAUACAGCCCGGGAUGCAGCGGCGGUUCAUCCAGCGAGAGCACAGCGACCGGCCCCGUUUGGCAAUCAAGGCGAUCAACGCAUACCUGCGCUGGGUGGUGAGAUUCCGGGAGAAGCUGAGCGUGGCGGUGCAUGUCACGGCGGGCCAACCGGCACGGGCGCCCGAGCUGCUCAGCGUCCGACACAUCAACACCGAGAACGGGGGCCACCGCAACAUAUUCAUAGAGGAUGGGAUGGUGGUGUUCGUCACGCGGUACCACAAGGGGUUUCAUGCAUCCAACGACAUCAAGGUGAUCCACCGGUAUCUGCCAAGGGAGGUCGGGGAACUGGUGGUGUGGUAUUUAUGGCUGGUGCUCCCAUUCGCCCAGCGGCUGCAGGAGUAUCGACGACGGAUCCGAGAGGAAGAGGGAAAUCCAGAAGAGGAGAACGCCAACCAACGGGGGGCAUACAUGUGGGGAGGAGACCCCGACGGGCGGGCCUGGACGUCCGAGCGUUUCCGGGAGGUGUUGAAACGGGAGACCCGCAUCGGGCUACAUGGUCAGGGGUUGAACCUGGCAGCAUACCGGAACAUCGCCAUCGCGAUCAGCAGGCAGUUCAUGCGCCCAUCCAGCGCGUUCAAAAACAACAGCCAGCAGGAAGAGGAGGAGCAGGUGGCCGGCAGCAAUGGAGAUGAAGAUGAACCCAUGGACCCCGAGGAAUGGCUGGGACGGAUCACAGACAUGCAAGCGGCCCACACAUCACACGUGGCCGGCAUGGUGUACGCACGAGGGAUCACGGAGCAGGCCGGGACCACACACCGGCGCCGUGAGAUGUUCCGGUUGAGCAGCACAGACUGGCACCGGUUUUUAGGGUUCGAGUCGGCAACGACCGAGAAGACGACGAGGGAUGCGGUGCUGGGAAAACGCAAGCGGGCACCAUGGGAGACAGAGGCCGAGGAGGGGCGUAUGGAGCGUCGAUUUCAGCUGCAGCAGACCGACAUGGAGGCCGAGCUGCAGCGGAUGAUGGGUGACAAGGCACUGAAGUUUCGAGGGGUGCAGGCGGCAGCGAUACGGGCCAUCCAGGACGGUGAAAGUCCCGUGGUGGCCAUCAUGCCAACCGGAGGGGGGAAGAGCAUGAUGUUCAUGUUGCCCGCGUGGGUUGCACCCGGGGGAACAACGGUGGUGGUGGUUCCACUGGUGGCGCUGCGAGGGGACAUGCAGCGGAGGUGCGAGGAGCUGGGGAUAUCAUGUGUGGAGUGGGAGAGCCGAAGACCGCCCGAUGAAGCAUCGAUGGUGCUGGUGACACCCGAGUCCGCAUUGAGCGAGGACUUCAUCACAUUUUUGAACCGACAGCGGCUGAACCACCGACUGGACCGGAUCGUCAUCGAUGAAUGCCACACGGUGCUCAACGACCAGGUCAACUUCCGGCCCCAGAUGCAACAGCUCGGCAAGCUGAUGGCGGCCAAGACACAGAUGGUGCUGCUGACGGCCACACUGCCACCCGGUGAGGAGGAGAAGCUGUGGUCCCGCAUGCACUGCACCCGAGCGGACAUAUCAUUGUUCCGGGCGCGGACAUGCCGUCCAAAUGUGGCAUACCGAGUGUGGCAACCCAUCAUUGAAGGGUCAGAGUACGGUGGGCUCAACCGAUGGUUUCAAGCACCCAGCGUGGUCAGGUUCAUCCAGGACCGCAUGAGACGGACGGGAGAAGGCAAGGGGGUGGUGUACUGCCAGACGGUGAAUCAGGUCACGACGAUGGCAAGCGCAUUGGGGUGCGAGGCAUAUCACCACCACCAGAUCGACAAGGCCGGCAUACUGGAGCGUUUCCGACAAGGUCAAUACCAGGUCAUCGUGGCGACAAGUGCACUGGGCAUGGGCAUCGACAUCCCCAACAUCCGCAGCAUCAUCCACGUCGGACGGCCGCGAUCAUUGCUGGAUUAUGGACAGGAGAGCGGGCGUGCAGGGCGUGAUGGACAGGCCAGUGAAGCCAUCAUCAUUGAGCCCGAGGGUAUCAGUGCAGCAAUGAUAUGGUCAAGAAAGGAUGCACCAUCACUGCUGGACCAGAAGCUGGUUGAGCGGUACAUGCAGGCAGGGGGUGAGGAGGGUGAUGAACCGAUGGCUCGAUGUCGACGGGUGGUGCUGGACCGGUACCUGGACGGGGAAGUGGAGGGUUACAUGAGACGGCACUGCGGUGAUCGACACACAGGGGAGUCCCAGUGUGACGGGUGCGAUGCCGAGUGGGAGGCCAGGGAGGCCGUGUUCACCCCCAGCCCAGGUGGCACGCCCACGCCCACACCCAGUCCAGGCUACAGUUCAAGAGCAACAGCCAAGGAUGACUCCAGCGAGGAUGAAACCAGCCAGGAGUCAGAGAUGGAGAGCCAGCAGGGUGAAACCCACAUCAGAUUCAACGGCACAUGCAGUCCCAGAAUGGCCAGAAGUGUGAGCAAGAGCACAGACGACAACAUAAAUGAAAGCAUCACCAAGAAUGAAGCUUCAACUUCAGGCGGGAGCAGCCCGGGUCAAUGGAACAAGCAAGAGUCAAGUGAAAUCAGUGAAGACACCAGGGGCAUCCCAUCAACAACCAGACAGACAUUCCACAAGCAGGAUGUCCGUCGAGGCCGGUUCAUCAUCACACACCAGCAGCGAGGGCAGAGGGCAUUGAUGGAUGAGGAGGUUUUAGUGGAAGAGGCGCAGAGGUGGAAGGAUCAGUGUUUGAUAUGUGCAAGUGGCAAGCGGGAGUUUGACCAUGAGCUGUACCAGUGUCCCCACGAGGAGAGCCAGGAGGCGAAGAGAUGGAUGAUGACAGUGCGGAGCAAGAUCAAAUACACACGGUAUUCCGGGUGCUUCCGAUGCGGGAUGCCGCAGUCCAUAUGCAACAGCUGGAAGACACAGAGGCAGUGUCCGUACAGGGGAUUUUUGAUCCCGACGGUAGCAAUGAUGGUGUAUGGGUGUCAUGCAGGGCAGAUGAAGCAGGCGUGGAGACAGCGGCUGAGAGAGUUCAAUGUGGAUGCAGAUGAUCAGGAGGCGGUGAUUGAAUUUUUGGGACAGAAGGUUGAGGGGCAGGGCAUCGAGCACAACCAGCUGGUGGAGAUGUUUUGUUGGCUGCGAGGGAUAUAUCAGGAGGCAGAGAGGGGGAAGAUGGAGUCAGAGGGUACAGAGGUCAAGUGA